AUGUAAGUAUAAGAAUGGUCUCCAGUUUUUGAUAAAUUUACUCUAUGGAGAAAAUUGGUUGUGUACUAUAUCUGUAUGUCCACGUUGAGGUUCAUACGUAUACCUGUUAUCUAUUCUACUCCUCCGAUCCCCUCGUUUUCAGAACUCCCUUUAAAACAUUCAUUAUAUAUCUCAUUCCAACAACCCCUUUUACCUCAUCCAAUAGUUUCCUCUUGUUUGAGUGUUAGCACAAAUUAAAAAGAAAAGGGUCAUGUUGGCAAUGGAAGAGCUACUGUGUGAACUUAGUGAUCAUGAAAAGAGAAACGAGCAAGGUCUGCCCCCGGGUUUCAGGUUUCACCCCACUGAUGAAGAACUUAUAACCUUUUACUUGGCUUCUAAGGUCUUUAAUGACACUUUCUCUAACCUCAAGUUUGCUGAGGUUGACCUCAAUAGAUGCGAGCCUUGGGAACUUCCAGAUGUGGCAAAGAUGGGGGAGAGAGAAUGGUAUCUGUUCAGCUUGAGGGACAGAAAAUACCCAACUGGACUAAGAACAAACAGAGCAACCGGAGCUGGGUACUGGAAAGCCACUGGGAAGGACAAGGAAGUGUACAGUGCAUCCAGUGGAACCCUACUUGGAAUGAAGAAGACCCUUGUUUUCUACAAAGGCAGGGCCCCUCGUGGUGAAAAGACCAAAUGGGUCAUGCACGAGUACCGUUUGGACGCUCACUUUUCCCUUCCCCAUACUUACCCCUCUAAGGAGGAGUGGGUGAUAUGCAGGAUAUUUCAUAAAUCUGGGGAAAAGAGAACUCCAGUGCUCCAAGUCCAAGGACAUUCAGAUGCUUCUUCGUCCCCAAUAAAAAGUUCUUUACCUCCAUUACUUGCAAGCUCAUCUCAUUCUCAGCUGCGAGACUUCCAAAGCCCGGUUCUGAUUCACCAACAAGACCAAAAUGGCCUCUCUCACCCUCAUCUUUUCCCAUUGGAAAUCUCCAACGCCAGAAACCACCCAUCGGACCUACUCUUCAAGCCCCUCCAGCAAAAUUGCACCCUGAAGACCAAGGAACAAACUAUUAUUCCAAAAGUGAUCAAAACGGAGGACGCUACAUUCUAUCAUCAAUUACUAGAUGACCAUAAUAACAUGCGCUGUGUGAACAAGUUGAAUCAAAAUCCAAGUAAUUUCCUCAACACUUUCCCUCUUGAGGUGGACGCUGGCUUGAUGGCAUUCUCAGGAGCUGCAAAUGCUCAAGCUAGGGAAAUAUCCACAGCUUCAACACCCUUUAAUAGGGUAGCCUUGCAGCAGAUGCUUGAUUCUUGGCCUCUGACCUAGCAUGUUUAAAAUAUGUGUGUAUGUAUAUAUAUAAUUACUGUUCGAUAUACAGACCCCCUAGUAAUUAAGGUGUUUGAACCAUGCAUAAUAUACUACAUGAUUAAUUAAAUAACUCGUGUAUGCAUGUAAGCCUAUGCCUAUGUCAAGCUAGAUCUUCUACUAGGUUUGUAACGUUCUGUGACUACAACCUGAGACACGGACAAGACGUAUCUCUAACAGAUUCUCGGACGUCUGAUCCACCAUUCAAUAUUG